UAAUGGAUGACGAAAUAAUGGACGACGAAAUUAUUCUUAAUUGCAUCGUUAAAGAAUCCCCUGGAACCAUUUUCCAGGUUUCUAUUAAUAAGAAAAAAAGCAUUUAUAAGCUUAAGAAAGAGAUCAAAAAAGAAUUGUCAGAUGCAUUCCAGAAUAUUGAUCCCAUUGGCAUCAAGCUAUGGUCUGUGCAACUCCGUCAAAAUGAUUCGAGGCUUACGCAACUUAGAAAUUAUAGUGCAUCUGAAGUUGAUAAUUUGGGAAAGGAAGCGCAAUAUUCAACGUUUGAGGUUGGGGAAUAUUUUAACACUAAUGUUAGAGACAACAUCCAUGUUAUUGUUCAAGGUAAAGAAAAUUGGUGUGCUGUAUGCGACAUGCCAUUUAAGAAUGGCGAGAUUUUAAAAAAGCAUGGGAUUCUUGAUGAAACACACAAGACGUUGUCGGGUGAAAAAUCAAAGCCGGCUUAUUAUUUGGGUGUUGAUGAGGGUAUAAAUUAUGAUUCUUAGUAUCUUAGUAUGUAGUUAAGAUUUUUUAUAUCCGUAUCAUGUAACAGCGAUAUAUUCCGCUUCCAGCAAUGUUUAUUUCAUUAAAUAAAGUAUUGAUAGUAUUGAUAAGAAGAUGCGAUUCUGAAUCUGAAUUUAUUCUUUACAUGUAUGAGACAGGCUUUACAAAAUCUGAGAAGUUGAUAUGUCAUGCCACGAUAUAUAGAUCGAAUCAAGUUUAAUAGUCCGGAGCGGUGAUCUGGUCCUCUUCAGCUCGGAAGGUUUUUUUCUGAGCCACAGAUUGUGCGACAAAAAAUGUGGAUCACAGGACGGGGUCUGUGCGACAUAAUUUAUAUUCUAAAAGAAAAACAUAUUAACCUUUGUUCUUUAUUUUUUUUCCCGAACAAUCAUGAGAAAAAUGGUAAAAAAGGUCUACACGCAACACAGGACCUACCGUAAAAGUAGAUAUUAACGUCAAAAGCAUAUGUUAUGAA